AGGUUUCUGCGAUUGUCCCGAAUGAGUUGCCGUAGUAUUGUCCCUGCAGCUUCCUCGUAGCGAAAGGCUAACACGCACUUGACAGAAAUGGCACAAAAAUAAGCUGUGUAAGAAAUAACAAGAUGACUGCGGAAAUAAUUUCGCUUCUGAAUGUUCUCACAAAACCUAGUAGUGAGGCAUCGGGGCUUGAUGCAAAGUUGUCGAAGGAAGAGGUGCUUCAAGCAGCACUGCUGGCCAACAGAGAUGCUCUCUUGGAGCGUCUGCACAGGGACAGCAGCUUAACGGAUGUGAGGCGUUUUAGAGAGGAGGUGCUGGCCGGGGAAAGAUGGUUCUUCAAUGACACAGAGGAUGUGAUGUGGUGCUUUGUCCAAGAGUGUCUCCUGUUGCUUCUCACCCUAGCACGCCACCUUUCUGCUGAACUUGAGCUUUUCAAUCGGACAGAUUCUACCCCUGCCACCAAACUACACACCCCUGAGAUGGCGCCACCCUUACCCCCAGAUGUGCUCAGUGUCACCCAGCAGAAAACACUUGGCGCAGUUCUUCAGUUUGUGGUUUCUUUAGGGCUCUGCCCGUACUUGGUUCCCGGAGUAGGCGUACCUCUGGGUCACAGGUCAGCAUUUGGUGCAAUGCUGGAGAAAAUGAUAUGCCCUCAAACAGCUACCGUGGCGCAACGCCGGCUCCUGACCACGACAAAAGUCUUGUUGCAAUGUGCUGAGCAGUCAUCUCUCGCUACACUGAUUUUCACCCGGCACCUUGGAGAUGUGAUAGCAGCGCUCUGUCAGCUUGGUUACCAGCCACAGCUGUCUGAGGGGAGCCCCACAAAGGAUGUUAAGGAGCUCAAUGAAGAGGAAGAACGCAGAAACUGCCAGGAGACUUUAAAAUGUCUUUUGGGGAAAGUCUAUCAGCCAGUUGUAAUCAAAGAACUCCUCAUAUUACAAGGUGGAAACACACAGUCUGGGACAGUAGGAAGCUCCAGUGGUUCCAAAGACAGAAGAACUCCGAACUGGCUAAGGCGACUAUGUGGUCAUUUGCUCUCUGAGCGUCUGAUGCAACCAAAUGGGGUUCGGGCUGUCAUUAGGGCCAUCCUGGAGGGAGGAACAGGGGGUGAGUCAGACUGGAGAAAAUGUGACGGUAUAGCCAGGAUCCUUGCAGCAUGCCCCCAGCAGUCCACAUCAGCAGACACUUACUAUAGGCAAAUCUGUUCUCAGAUCCUGGAUCUCCUGCACCUUAAAGACAAGCUUACAGCCCAGCAGUUCCAGCGAGUCGCUACUAGGACGGUUCUGUACUUGUUGCAAGAGAAGCCCACUUUUGCUCAUCCGUACUUUUUGGUUCCUCUGUUGAGUCCUCUCCAUCGAUGCAUCACUGCUGCUGAUGUUACCUGCCAAAUUGUUGUGGAGGAAUGGGAGCUGAUGCAAUGUGUGGAGGACAUCAACAAGAUCUGGGUGGUGGGCAACAUGCCGUCAACCCUCCUCAAAGCGUUAGAAGAAGUUCUACCUGUUGUCUUCACUCUCUUCUGUUUCACCAAGCAGAACGUCUCCAACCUACGAGUGCCAUGUCAGGAUAUUUUGCUGUGGUAUCUCAGCCACAUUGAGAGCUCCACAGCACUAUCAGUACUCAGGCAACUCUCAGGUCUUCAGGCGCAUGCUGAAGUAGCAGCUGGUUUUAGUUUCACCCCUGGCAGCUGUGGUGGAGUCCAACUUAGUUGCAGAGAUGACUGCAGCGAUGAAGAUAAUGCUUUGUAUGAGAAGCUGUCUGGAGAGCAAUGGAGGUUGGAGUGUCUAACAGACCUGUUGGCUCAACUCAAAGAUAGUGAUGUGCCUGGAGACUUCUUCCUGGACUUGUUACAGGAGUUAACUAGGUGGACAACAGAAGCGGCAGAAGAAGAGGAGAAAGAUGGACAUCAGUUAAACAUAUCAGCCAUGACGCUCCUGGAUGUGGAGCAGCAGGGCUGCGUUGCAAGGCAAGCCUCCACGCUAGCUUUGCUUCAGGUGCUGGCAAUAAUGGUGGAGACCUUGCAGCAUACUGUGCUGUUGAAAAAAAACAUACAGGUAGUUGGCUUUAUUGUAUCCCUGCUUGAGAGGUCUUGCAUUGGUCUGGAUCAGACUCGCAGUCUCAGUAUUGGAAACCCAAUAGAGAGCCAAACACUGACUAUGGGGAUGGGACUGGUGGCUACUCUGUUAUCUGAACCACAGCUCAGCGUGGAGGUCUAUUCCUCCAUGUCAAGGCUGCUCCAGCCACUGGCAACUCUAUCCCAGAAACACCCAGAGCUAUUCAUCCAAGAGCUGGCCUCCAACUUAAGAGCUGUCAUUGCUACCCAGGGUGCUUACCGUCCAGAUAACCUCUCUACUCUUGAUGCUUCAGGCUCCAAGGACAGUGGGAUGUCAUCAAAGGACAAUUACAUGCCCAAUAAGAAAACAGAAACAAAGGAAUCACAGACUCUUUCUGUCAACCACGCGCACAAAAAUUCUGUUACCAGACAAUCAGCAUCCUUUGGGGACUCUGUGACAAGUCAAACUUCACAUCCCUCGAAGGGAUUUUCUGAUUGGUUACUAGAGGCGUGUGACCCUGACAUUCCAAACAAAGCAUUUGCUCUAAGGACUUUAACCCAAAAGGUGCAGAGCAACGAUCCUGAGACUCUACAAGACGUGGAGAAAGUUCUUAUUCUCUUCCUUGAAAACCUGGAACAUGAGGAGUCCUUCAUCUACCUGUCAGCUAUUCAAGGACUUUCUUCUUUGGCUGAUUCCUACCCUGAAAGGAUCCUUAAAAGACUCCUGAGAGACUUUCAACAUGGUCCUUCACUCUCAAACUCCAACAAGUAUCAGUCCUUGGAGUUUCGCCUAAAAAUGGGCGAAGUCUUAAUGAGGGCAAGCAGAGCUAUGGGCGAUUUGGCGCCGCACCUGGGUCAUCCCCUGGUGGCUGUGUUCCUGAGAGGAACGAGAGACUCAGACCAAAGCAUCCGGGCCAGCAGUCUGUCUAACCUGGGGGAACUCUGCCAGAGAUUGGACUAUGCUCUCGGUCCACUGGCUCAGGAGCUGAGCUCCUGUUUAACUGCUGUGAUAAAGACCGAGAAGGAAGCGGAGGUGAGGCGAGCUGCUGUCCAUGUUAUUACCCAGCUGAUCCGAGGCCUUAGUCACAAAACCACUCAGGUCCUCAGGGAUGUUUUGUUGGAUCUCUACCGAGCGCUAAAGUGGGUGGUUCGCUGCGACCCAGAUGAGGUCACAGUGCUUCAUGCCCAGCUGGCUCUGGAGGAGCUCGACGCCGUUAUGCGAAGUCUCAUCUUUCCCAAGCAAAAGUUGGAAAAAAAAAUUGUUGUCCUGCCUUAAAACAGUUUUUGAAUUAUUAUGCUUCCGGCACUAGUUUUGCCUUUAAGUUAUGUACAUUAGUAUCAUAGCAAAAAGUGGCCAGACAGAACUACCAAUCACGUCUUUGGUAUUGCUGCGUGAUUUGCUUUGGAAUGAUGUAUUACCUACAAGCAUGCUUGCAAAAGUUGAAAACCUUUAAUAAUAAUAAUUUACAGUAAUGAUGUUGAAAUUGGCUUCACGGUGGGAGAGGGGUUAGUGCGUCUGCCUCACAAUACGAAGUUCCUGCAGUCCUGGGUUCAAAUCCAGGCUCGGGAUCUUUCUAUGUGGAGUUUGCAUGUUCUCCCCGCGAAUGCGUGGGUUCCCUCCGGGUACUCCGGCUUCCUCCCACCUCCAAAGACAUGCACCUGGGGAUAGGUUGAUUGGCAACACUAAAUUGGCCCUAGUGUGUGAAUGUGAGUGUGAAUGUUGUCUGUCUAUCUGUGUUGGCCCUGCGAUGAGGUGGCGACUUGUCCAGGGUGUACCCUGCCUUCCGCCCGAUUGUAGCUGAGAUAGGCGCCAGCGCCCCCCGCGACCCCGAAAGGGAAUAAGCGGUAGAAAAUGGAUGGAUGGAUGGAUGUUGAAAUUUGCAGGUUUGUCUAUAAAUAGAGCAGAAAUGUUGGGGGGAAACAUCAUGCAGAAUAAUCAUGACAAUACAGAGUUUAUAUGUUUUGUAUAUUGGGCUGAAUAUACAAAAUGAAUGAAUGCAAAUACCAAAUAUUUUUGUUGAAAAAAAUUGGAAUUUACAUCUAUUUAGGACAUUUCUCUGCUUUUCCUGAGGGUACAGCAUCAUCCCCACUUUUUUAGUGUUUCUCCGCUGUUCAGUCAUUGUGAACAUAUUUAAAACACAUUUUGUAUUGAAACUGUCUAAAUGUCAUAUCUUUGGGUGGGUUUGGAAGUCUUGAUCUGAGGAAGGGCUUUGUUUUAAUCAUACUCUCCAUUAAUUCUCUGGUUUUGGGGGGUGUAGUCGUUGAGACGACAUAAGGAUAAGUACUCAGAAAAGGAUCUGGCCCGCGGGCCUUGACUUGUGUGGUCUUCGGAUCUGUAGGACCCGUUUUCAUUUUUUUAUUAAAAAGAAAAAAUAUACAAUUAAUAAUUUUUUCAAACUGAGACUCACUGACUUUGGCUAAUUUUCUGUGAAGAACAUAUAUCAGAAUACAUAUUUAAUGACCCCCCCCCCCCCCUACACAA